CAUGCACUUGGCGUGAUAUGUGAUGGUGACGACUUCUCGCGCUCGAGCCUCUCACGAAGCGCGAUUCUUGCAGCACUUGUGGCUUCACAGCUUUGAUUGCUCACCAGCAAGACCCAUUUAGCCUUGAGCGAGCCAUCUAUAGCUGACGUCUAUAUAUAUUUGUAUGCUGUGGCACGGUCGACAGCAGCAGCAACGGGCCUCCUCUUUCGGCCAGACUUAUCAACAAGCGAUCUGACGGGCUUCUUGAAAGUGAUCGACCUCUAUCCAAGUAUCCCACCACCCUCCUCGCUGCGACUGCCAGGCUCAAGUCUGACAACAUGUCGCGCUUCGCAAAGGACAACGCUUCCGCCUCUCUCGUAUCCCAAAGAGCUUUGGUCUCGGGCGGUACGCAAGGAAUAGGCGCGGGCAUAGCCCUUCGUUUCGCCCAAGCAGGAGCAGAAGUGUACAUCAUCGGACGCAACAAGGAAAAGGGAGAAGGUGUGAUCAAGCAACUGAUCGCUGCUACCGAAGAGCUCAAGAAGAGGAAUGGCGAAUCGAUCCAGGUGGACGCGCAGCACGCCUUCUUCAAAGCCGACUUGAGCGAUGUAGGAGAGAUCAAGAGGGUGAUUGACGAGGUGCAGCAGAGAGCCGGCAGCAAGGGCAUCGAUUGGGUGGUGCAGUGCCAAGGCGGACCGCCAAACGGACGCUACGUUCCAACGCCUCAGGGAAGAGAUUUCGGCUGGUCGGUUCAGGUGCUGUCCCGCUUCGCCAUCGCGCACCUUCUCACUCAGAAAAAGCUGGUCAAGAGGGGCCUCUUUUUCAUUGCUGCUCCUGCCUCAGGAGGCUCCAAGCCUUUGGACACGGAUGAUUUGGACUUCACCAAAGCUCAUCAGCAGGGCACGUUCAAGGAUGGGUACUUGUCCAUUUAUUACCAGGGUCGAAGAGACUCCAGCCAAUUGGACAGUGUGACUCUGAGCUUGGCCGAGCGUCAACCUAACCUCGCCGUAGCGCACCUGUUCCCAGGCUUUGUCAGCACAGACGCUUCAAGCAACUCCAAGUUGCCGUUUCCCAUUCCUCAAAUUUCCCACUUUCUUGGCCCAUGGGUUGGACAAAAGCCCGGACCAGGAGGCUAUGCUGAGGCCCCUGUCCACCUGGCGGCACAUUCCGAGGGACAAAAAUUCCUUCGUCUUGGAGAGGGAAACUUUUUCAACGAACGUUUGAAAAGGCUCGAGCCUAGCACAAACGUGCGAGAGAAGAGCGUCCGCGAGAAAGUGUGGAGCAAGUUGGAGUCCUAUCUCCAGUGAUUUUCACAUCAGCUUCCAACAGACCUUGUCAGCUUGCCAUCAAAGACGAGCGCGUGGCCGCCAAUCACGCAAUGGCCUUACACCAACUCUUCUCUCGGCGCCCUUCCGUCCGAACGUGUUCGACUCUGAAGCGUACUGUACAGCGUCGUCGAACGCACUGCGAUUUGCUCUAAUCGAAAAGUUGUGUUUCUCUGACGAGCGGCGAUGCGCAUCGUCUUGUCGAGAUCGACUCUGGCGAAUCGAUCGGCUUGUGUAGUAAUCAUGAU